GACAGAGCUCUGUUUAUGUUUGGCUUCAGUUUGAGCGCUUUGAGCGGCUUCUGCCUUCUGCUCGUGUUAAUCUCCUCUGCGCUGUUCCUCGCCAUGUCCUCUGAGGGGAAAUACUCAUCCGUAGAUUUCGAAAUAUUCGGCGAUGUUCAGGGUGUGUGCUUCAGAAUGUAUACAGAGGAUCAAGGGAAGAAGCUGGGGGUGAACGGCUGGGUGAAGAACACCAGACAGGGCACUGUGAUCGGGCAGGUGCAGGGGCCUCGGGACAAAGUCGAUGAGAUGAAACAUUGGCUGAGACAUGUGGGCAGUCCCAGCUCCCGUAUUGACCGUGCCGAGUUCACCAACGAGAGGGACAUUUCUAAGCUGGAGCUUCGCGGAUUCAGCACUCGUUACUGAGCUCCUUAACCUUUCAGUUAGCAGCCAUAAAGAAUGCAUUAUACCUGCUGACUCAGUGCCUCACAUUCAUGACCAGACCAUUUGGCACCCCUUGGUUUGGUACGUUUACUUAACUAAUUAUUUUCUCUUCCUAUUUAUUAGAAUAUUCAACCCCUCACAGCCUAAAGGCCCUGACGUUGGUGCUAAUGUCAGUCACUCUCAUAACUACAUAAAAUACAUAGGUUUCGAAUAAUUUACAGUAGUUACUGUAAGCCUGGGGUUGACGGAGUUAGUGUAUGCAUUAAUAAAUGUAACAGAGGAGUAUUUUUUACUUAUUGUGUUGAAUUUGUGACUUUAAAUGUAACUUUUUUUUUCCUCUCCAAACUAAAGCCAAUAUGACUGGAGAGACUUGCCAGUCAUUUGUUUAUAAUUGAAGCAGCUCUCAGUUCCCACCCUGAAAUAAAUCAUUAUGUUGAAUCCAA